AUGGAUGAAUUAUCGUUAUUUUCUAUUUCAAACGGGAAGCAUUAUUCCAAUGAUAAUGAAAGUGAUGAAGAAGAAAAUGAACAACCUUUAGAUGUAAUUCAACAACAGCAACAACAACCACUGCAAAAUGAACGUGGUGGUCGUCGUAAAGGUGUUCCACGUCGUUUACAAUUAUCACCGGAAAUAAUUAAACCACCAACACAACGACUUUUACCAUUAACAUUAAUAAAAUCAUCAUCAACAAGUGUUCAUCAUCAUGAACAACCUAUAUUAACAUCAGAUCAAGAAGAUGAAAAUGAUAUUGAAGAUAUUUAUCAUCAAAAUCAAAUUGAACAAAAUUAUCUUCAACUAAAUUUAUUAUCAAAACAUUUUGUUGAUAAUAAUAAUAAUAAUAAUCAUUAUAAUUGUCAUGAUGAAAAUGAAGAUAUUUUAGAAAUAGUUGAUGAUAUUUUAGCUGAUAUAGUAACAAUUAUUGUUAAAGAUAUAAAAGAACAACGAAGAAAAGUUAUAAAUAAAACUAAUGGACAUUUAAAUCAUAAACAACAAAUGAAUGGAAUUAAAAAGAUACCAAAUGGAAAACAUAAUUCAAACGGUCUUAGUAAAUCUCAAUCAUCUAUGCCGUCGUCAUCAUCAAAAUUAUCUAAUCGUUCAAAAAUACUUAAUGAUCUAACUAAGACAACGCCAUUAAAUUCACAACAGACACUAGUUAAACAUAAAUUAUCACCUUCAUCAUCAUCAUCAUUUUCUUCUCCACCAACAACUAAACGACAAAAAACAUCUGAAACAUCAUCACAAUCGUCUACAUCUUUGUCAAUACAACAACAACUUUUAUGGGAAAUGACACAACAAUUAAUGAUGUCAUCAUCAUCAAAUGAAACAGAUAGUCUUGCAGCAGUUAAUUCAUCUUUAUUAAAACAACAAUUACUUGGUUUAACACAAUCCGAUGCAAUACCUAAACGAACAAAUCGUCCAUCGAAACCAGAAGUUCAAUCAUCAGGCAUGUCUUCAAAUGCAACUAUAGUUCCUCAUACAUCAACAAGUCCUUCACCUUUUGAACGUGGAAAUUUUGCUCCAAGACGUCGUGGUCGACCACCUAAAUAUGUUACUGAUCGAGGAUUAGCUGGUCUUUCUGCGCUUGAUCUCGAUCCAUCAUCAUUAACAUCACCUUAUGAUCAACUUUUUGCAGCUAUUGAAAAUGGAAUGAGUGCAAAUGCUGGGGCGUCAUCUGCAGCCGCAUUUCAAUCAGCAUUAGCAUCUAUGCUUGGACAACAAACAGGUUUAUCAAUGCCACCAGCUCCCGUACCGAGAAAUGGAGCUCCCGCAUCAAUGGUUAAAAAUACUGCUGGUCAAAGUCGACAUAGUUUACCAGCAUCAUCAAUGAGUAGUGCUACGAAAUUACCUCUCGACGUCGGAGUUGGUGGAAUGGAUAUGCCAUUAAUGGCAGCAAAAAAACGUGGUCCUGGUCGACCACCUAAAACUCAAAUGUUAUUUGAUCCUCAUCAAAUUUUACAAGCAACACAACGACUAAAUUCACCAACAAAUAAUAAUAAUAAUUUUCCUCCAACAAUGGUUCCAUCAUCACCAAAUUCAUUUGAUUUAAAUGCUGCUUUUGUUGAAAUGUUACAACAACAACAACAACAACAUUAA